AUGACACGGAGCGAGUACAUUGCUUCUCUUGGUAUCCUGCCUGAGCUCGUAACCUCGGUGCCCUACAAUCGUCUCGAGUACUAUGCCAAGUCCUCGAUUCCAAACAACAAGCCACCCGAGGAGUUCGCCAGAGAUGGUAUAGCUGCUGCGAUUGCGUCUAGACUUCCGCCGUUUGCUUUACAUCCGAUCGAGUAUAAUGUUCUGAAAGACGGCGUCAACCACCUGCACGUGACGACUUACCUGAAUAUCCGAAACGCCAUUCUUCAGCUAUGGCGCAUGAAUCAUCAUGUGUCAGUCACGCGCACUGAGGCCGCUGGCUGUGCUCGAGAUCCUCGGUUUUUCGGACUUGCAGAGGCUGCGUUCGAGAUUUUGGUUCGACAUGGUUACAUCAACUUUGGUGUGAUUGACAUUCCCCGCUGUCGGAAUAAUUUUCCGUAUCCGUUGCCCAUUCCUGAAGUUAGACGACCUCGACUGAGGAUAUUGGUGUUGGGCGCGGGUGUGGCUGGUCUUGGAUGUGCGAGACAGCUAGAUGGACUUUUCAAGCAGUACGACGACUUCCUUACUGGAUAUGAGGACGCACCUGAGAUUAUAGUGUUGGAAGGACGCCAGCGGUUGGGUGGUCGUGUUUACAGUGCCCCGUUGAAAAAGGAUCCGGGUGAUGAGCGCAUCCACAAGGUCGAUCUUGGUGGCCAGAUCGUGACCGGUUUCGGCAACGGGAAUCCAAUGAGCGUGAUUAUCCGCAAACAGCUUGGAAUUGCAUGCCACGAACUCAAAGACGCCGGCGAGCUUUUCGACGAGGUCCCUGGUGGGCCGGUGUCUGCCUCGCUUGAUCGGAGAGCGGAGAGGCUGUUUAACGACAUGCUUGAUCGGGUGUCUGUCUACCGAGCGAAACCGAUCCCACAGCAUACAGUCGAAGGUGAUGUUUCACUGAUCACUGCUGGGAAGGAUCCGGUCGGCGACGGCGGGCGCACGAUUGCGCGAAUGGAAGCGAACGCGGACAAUUCACCAAGCCUGGGCGCUACUCUUGAUGGACAGCUGGAGCUUGUGCGGAGGUUGACUGAUUUGACCGAUCAAGACCUGCGAUUGUUGAACUGGCACUAUGCUAACCUGGAAUAUGCGAAUGCUACCGCUGUUCACAAUCUCUCGCUUGGAUCUUGGGAUCAAGAUGACGGUAAUGAGUUUUCUGGAAAACACACAAUGGUCAAGGAUGGUGGAUACAUGCAAGUGCCGCGAGCGCUGUAUCUGUACCCGUCUAAACUCGAUGUGCGGUUCAGAAACAUAGUCAGCGAGGUCGCGUACGAUACCACAGCCGGUGACGAGAGCCGCAAGAAGUACACAGUGACACUAGCAAGCGGCGAGAGAAUCUCAGCCGACCGAGUCGUGUGCACGGCUCCUCUUGGUGUGCUGAAAGCUGGUUCGAUCGCGUUCAAGCCCGAGCUUCCGGUGCAUAAGCUGAAGAGUAUUCAGAACCUGGGGUUCGGGGUGUUGAACAAAGUUGUUUUGGUGUACGACCACUGCUUUUGGGACACGGAGAGCGACUUGAUUGGCGUGGCGCGUGAUCGAAACUCGGGAGAUCCGUUGGAUCAGAAUAGUUAUGUUGCGUCGAGAGGGCGUUUCUACAUGUUUUGGAAUUGCUUGAAGGUUGUUGGGAAGCCUUGUUUGGGUAAGUUUCUCUUUUGCUUUACCUCGCUUCAGUCUGAGGAAGUCGUCCUACGCGACGCGCAUCACGUUCUGUCGCGCAUGUACCCCACGACCGUUAUCCCGCAUCCAACCGAGACGAUCAUCACGCACUGGCACAUGGACCCGAUGAGUCUAGGAUCAUACUCCUUCGUCGGUCCGAACGCGACUGGUAAGGACUACGAUAACCUCGCCGAGCCCACGUGCGACGACACACUCUUCUUCGCAGGCGAGGCCACCUCGCGCACGCACCCUGCCACCGUGCACGGUGCUUACUUGUCCGGCUUGCGCGCGGCAGAAGAAGUCUUUCGCAGUAUCGCGGGCGGGAUCACGCUCGCGAGUCCGCUCGUCAAGCCACGGCCGAAGCCAAACCUGCCGCUGCAGACCGAGACCGUGACCUUUCCGCCGCCGCCAAAGAGCGCGUACGUCGGCGACACGCCGCCGCCGGAAGGAAUGCAGCACCUUGCUCGAUCGCGACAGCUUCGCGACGCACGAAUUGCAAAACACAACACGGAGUGCACGCGCGCGCUGUCUCGCGCGAUCGGCCACGAAGAGCCGUUGAAGCCUGAGAAGAUGCAGUUGAACCCGUUCAUCAUUUUCCAAAAAGUGCAAUGGGAAAACGUGCGUGCGGAGGCCGACAACAAACGCCGUGCCGCGCUCGGCGAUCCGAUCGCGAAGGCGACGAUGGCCGACAUCCGCGGUCUGCUAAGUCAGCGAUGGCGGAACCUGAGCGAAGAAGAAAAGAAGCCGAUAAUCGAAGAAACAAACCGGAACCGGCUCGAGAACGAGCGCCGGAUGAAGGAGUACAAGGAGCGUCUUGCGGCGUACGAGCUCAAGGCGAAGAACUUCAAGGAGGAGUGGUUGAAGAAUAACGUCUCAGAGCCGGACGAGGAGGAGAAGCGCGAGAUGGAGCUGGCAAAGUCUGCGGGGGUUAUUUGA